CUGUUAAUUUCUACUUCCCCAUUUUUCUGGUAAUUUUCACUCUCUGCUUCCCCCAAAAAUCCUCCAUGAAUUUCUUCAAGUCCGUAUUCGCCGACGAGCCCGAUCCCCCAAACCCCGACUCCGAAUCCGAAUCCGAAUCCGCCUCCCCCCGGACCCAAGAUCCAGAUCCGAAGCCCCAACCAGAUCCCAACCCAUCCCCCAUCGGCGGGUGGAACUUCGGCGAUCUGAUCAAAACCAUCGCCACCAAAUCCGAGACCGUCAUCGAAACCUACCGCCGCGACCUGCAGGAGUUCGGGUCGGGUCUCAAGAAAGAGAUCGAGGUCGCCCAGGGGUCGUUAGAAACAGUCGGCACCAAAAUCGAUGAGCUCGGCAACACCGUCCUCCAAGGAACGGCCCAGAUCAUCUCUCAGAACAUCCUUUCCCCUGACCACGAGUCCGACUCGUCCGAUUCCAACGCCCCGGGCUACACCUCGCAGCGGAGCUUGAAUUCCAAGCGGUACAGCCGCUUCGAGUCUCAGGUCCGAGCGAUCCAGGGUGACGUCAGCACCUACUGUGAGGAGCCGGAGGAUGCGGAGGAGUAUGGGCGGUGGAAGGUAGGGUUUGUGUUGGAGGAGAAGAGGGAGGAGAUUGAGGAGCUGCUGGAGGAGAAUGGAGCGAUGGAGAGUAUUUACAAGAGGGUUGCGCCGAAUGUGGUUGAUGAUGAGACGUUUUGGGGUAGGUAUUAUUUUAGGGUUUAUAAGCUGAAACAGGCUGAGGAUGUGAGGGCUAAUUUGGUGAAAAGAGCGAUUUCGGUGGAGGAGGAUGAGGAAUUGAGCUGGGAUGUUGAUGAUGAUGAGUAUGAUGAGAGUGGGAGCAAUGUGGUUGCGAAAUCGAGUUUAGGAAAGAGCAGUGAUGUGGCAGCUGAAGAUGUGAAAGAGGAGUGGAAGAGUGAUGAUCAGGUUGGAGGUGAGGGCUCCUCGAAAGUGGGAGAGGUGAGCAGUGUUCCCGAAGAGGCUAAUGUGACAGCGGAUACGGAGUCUGUUAGCAAAGAUUCGGAGCAAAAGGUUGUCAAGGAAGAGAGUCCUGCUGAGGAAUUGCAAGGUGGAGUUGAUAAUGAGAAGAAAGAAAGUGCUGUGGAGUCGAGUGGUGUUAAAGAGUCGGAGAAGGAAGUGAAUGUAGCAGGGGACUCUGAGGUGCCAUCAAAAUCUGAUGAGGAGAAGAAAGUGGAUGUAGAAGAGGAUUAUGGGAAGAAAGACUUGCCAUCAAAAUCUGAUGAUAAAGCAGCUAUAGAGGUGAAGAGUGAGGCUCCUGCAUCUAGCAAAGAGAGUGGUGUAUCAGCUGCUUCUGUCCGGCCGUCAGCAGAAUCUGAAGAGGAAGACCUUGGCUGGGAUGAGAUUGAGGAUCUUAGCAGCAUUGAUGAAAAGAAAGCAAACCCUGGUACAAGUGGUGGAAUUGCUAAUAGAGCUGAGCUGCAGAAGCGGCUCAGCACUGCUGAAGAAGAUGAAGACUUGAGCUGGGAUAUAGAUGAUGAUGAUGAGCCCGCCAAAGCUUGAUAGCAAAUAAUUUCAUGUUCUUUGUUCUCAUAUUAGUGCACCCCAAUCUCUGUAUUACCCCAUAUCUGUUUCUCGAGUAAUUGUGUCAUAUGUAAUGGGGAACUUUUCUUUCUUUCUUUUUCUUUCAGAUGAUUUGAAAUGCAAAGAUGGUAAGUUGAACCAGCUUUCUGUACAAAAUUGUUACCAUUCCUUAGUUUGUGACCAUUACCAAGUAUUCUUAUAAAAAAUUGGUUGCUUUCUCUCGAAUUUAUAGCUGUACGGUACUUGCUGUUAUGCCAGCCUCUUUCUAAAUCCUAGUUUGAUUAACCACAGCUUCAGCCUUCUUCUGAUAUUGAUGACAUUGGUUGUUUUCUUCUUGUUAAAUGAGAGAAUCAUUCUGCGAAUUCUGGUGUUCCCCGUCUCAUUCUCGGUACGAAAUAUGGAGUGUCUGCAGUUCAAUGUUGACCACCCUUUGAAUGUGGUAUGGCCCCGUAUGGAUAACUGAAUUUUCAAUCGAGAGCUGUACCAAAAUGCAGAUGCAGCGAGCUAUAGCAGAUAGACGGAACAACAGAUGUCUACGGCACCAAACUACUCAAC